GCGGCUGCGGGUUGCUGGGGGGACGCGGCGCGGCGGCGGCGGCUCCGUGAUGAGCGGCAAGGAAGGAUCAGGUGGGUUCAGAAAACGAAAGCAUGAUAAUUUUCCACAUGGUCAAAGAAGAGAAGAAAAAGAGAAUGUUAAUCCACCUUCAGCUUUGAUGAAAUCUUUUAAAUCAUUCCAGCUGGAGCUUGACACCAGGCACGACAAAUACGAGCGGCUCGUGAAGCUCAGUCGGGAUAUAACGAUCGAAAGCAAAAGGACGAUAUUUCUGCUCCACAGGUUCACCAGUGCUCCCAAUGGGGAAGAAAUACUAAGUGAAUCUGAAGUCAAGCUAGAUGCUGUCCGACAGAAGAUCAAGCAGGUUGCACAAGAACUGAUUGGAGAAGACAUGUAUCAGUUCCACAGAGCUAUAUCUCCAGGCCUUCAAGAAUAUGUUGAGGCAGUUUCAUUUCAGUAUUUUAUCAAAACACGAUCUUUGAUCAGUGUUGAAGAGAUCAACAAACAACUAAUAUUUACAGCAGAAGACAGAGAAGAAACAACAAACAUGACCUCCAACUGCCACGAUAAACAGCCUUGUAGGUGGAGCCUGAAGGUAACUCCCGUGGAUUACCUGCUGGGAGUGGCGGAUCUGACGGGAGAGCUGAUGCGGCUGUGCAUCAGCAGCGUUGGCAACGGGGACAUCGACACGCCCUUCGAACUGAGCCAGUUCUUGCGCCAGAUUUACGAUGGCUUCACCUUCAUCGGCAACACCGGACCUUACGAAGUCUCCAAGAAGCUCUACACCUUGAAACAGAGUCUGGCAAAGGUAGAGAAUGCCUGCUACACGUUAAAAGUACGGGGAUCUGAAAUCCCAAAGCACAUGCUGGCUGAUGUCUUCUCCACCAAAACAGAAUUGAUUGACCAAGAGGAGGGACUUCCUUAAAAUCAGGAAGCUUUUGCUACUCAGAAGAGAAGAGGACAUAGAGAAAGCUCUCUAAUUGUGGUUUGUGGGGUUUUGACCCUUCUCAAAGCUUUUUAGGUAGAGACAUUUUUAGUUUUAUCUAUGAGAAGGCUGUUUGCAGUGGUAAUUUGUAACCAAAAAAACUUUUUAUGGUGUGCAAGAGAAGAAAUGUUUGACUUUGGCCUCUUGGUAUGGAAUUUCCUGUAUUGCUCCAUUGUAUCUUCUUUCAGAAUGACCAAAAUUUCCACUGCACUCUACUCCAGUGACCGUCAUUUGUGUGACUCACCUCAAAAUAAGUUUUCAUCGAGCACAGCAGUGGAAAAAAAAUGGUUAGGUGCUCUUAUUUAGCAUUAUCCAUAGGUUUCUGCUGACUCAUUUUUUGAGUAUUUGGGUUCUGUAGUCAUGUCACACCUACAACAAUGCACCUGUGAAUAAGUGCAGCCCUUGACUUGAGACUGGGGUGGUCUCAACAGUGCCAUGUAAUUCAAGUUUUCUCUGAUUAGUGCUUUAAACUAUGAAACUAAGUCAACUUUUUGCCAAUUGAUAAUGAAGCUAAUUGCACCAGGUAAAUACUACUGUCACCUGUUAUUUUGGGUCUCUCUUAAAAGUUGGCUCCAUUUGAGCUAACACUAGUACUGCACAGUUUUGAGAUGAGCUAGGAAAUCCACAGAAAAUAAUUGUGGAAAGUAUUGUUCUACAUUUUUUGUAACACAGUUUAAUGCAGAAUCUGACAUAUUUUUGUUUGUAGACAAAAUAAGUUGUCAUACAAAGUAUGUAAUUUGGUGUUAGGACAAGCAGUUUUUGGCCAGAACAAAUAUGUUGCAGUGCUGGAAGUCUGUUCUCCAUUGUUUGUGCUGCCCUGAGGACCUCCAGUGGGAUUGAGCUGGUAUAAGUGGAAAAGGGCUAGCCAAGCUUUAAAUGUAUGUUAGCAGGAUCUAUAUCAUGUGCAUGUUCCUGUGGAAAGGAAAUUGCAAACAGAAGUAAGGCAGGCAUUCUGGUUUCCACAUUUAUCUUUGAGGGGGUAUGUCACUGUUGGCAAAAAAUCAGGGCUUUAUGCUGGUGUCUGAAGUUAUGAAAGUCUGAUAAUGUACAUAAUGCUAAAGGAAAACAGAUAAAGCAACAUGAUCUCUAGACUCCAGGAAAUAGGCCUCCCAACUGCAAUUGAAAAUACUGCAUGUUUUUUAUUUCCACUUCCAUAUGCUGUGAUGCUGCCAAUACUUUUCCCAUGAGCAUGUCCUGAGUAGCUGCAAUCAUCUGAUAUAUGGAUAGGAAUGGUAAAUACAUUUCUGUCAAAUUUUUCCAUUGUUUCCACAUAAAGUAGUAUGGGGUGGAUUGAACAAGGAGUGGUAUUUUUCCUAUUGUUUAAUACUAUUUUUUACAAUAAAUUCUGAAAAGUA